AUGGAGCUGGUAGUUGCAGCAAACCAGAAACUGUCCCACUCUGCCACCUCAGAACAGAAAGAGGAAGACCAGGGUCGUAACAAGUGUGUCAUACUUAAAACUGAAGAGAACGCAAACUCACCGUCCGCAGAAACCGUGUCCCGAUCAGACGAAUUUCAACAAUUGUGUAGUCUGCUGGCAAGUUCUUAUGGAGGAGGUAAUGUAGUGAGUUGGAUUGCAGGUCUUCAGCGAUCCACCUUAAGCUUUGCAUUGUUCUUGGAAAGUUGUGUGCCCACUGUUGCAAAUUCCCUGAGCCAUUUUGAGAGUCUGCCACUCUUAGGCCCUGGCUCCCUUCAGUUGGCACAGAUAAAGACCUUGACACUCCACCAGCUGAAUGCAAUUGCUGGCAGAAGUGUCACUCCUGCAAUUGCUUCACCUGCCUUGACCUUGCUCAACUUUCUUAAGGUCACCAUGUCCCAUCCAUUAUAUAAUCCCCGUGGGGGGACAUACCCUAAUAGUCAGAGACCCAUUGUACAUGGCCAGUUUGGGUCACAGUCUGGACUGGAACUGGGGGCAGCCCGUCUUGGCCCAGGUUCCAUGUCCACUUCUCGUGGGGGAUUGAUGGUUAACCAGCAGAUGCCCUUUGCGUUGGGACAACGUCAGUCACAGAUUUCCCAAGACCUUGAAGCCGCCAUAGACCGGAACCUUCGAGGAGCCCGUGAGGAAGUUCGCCUUCUUACUCAAAUACUACAGCAACCCAAAACAGACCCCCGCUUGAGAAAGGACACAAGGGAUGAAGGGCUUUCCUCAGGCGGGACUGGUUACACAGGGACUGGUGGCUCUUUGAGAUCUGAUAAGGCGGACUGGUCUCUGUACCAGGCCCCCAACAAGCCCUUUGCCUCUUCUAGCUUGGAUCGUUCUUCCAGUUCCACACAGGUGUUCCAGUCUUCGAGUUUUGGUGGCAGUGGAGCAUCCAGCAGUUUGGACAGCCAACCUCUGCCAGAACAACGACCUUCACGCUACACCCCAGAAAGUGCCAGCAGCAUCCUCGCCAGCUUUGGACUCUCAAAUAAGGACCUAGAGCUUCUAAGCCACUAUCCAGAUGAUCAACUGACACCUGACAACCUCCCAGUUAUUUUACGUGACAUCCGUAUGCGCAAAGCGAAUAGAAGCAUCGCUGAUAUUGAUGCAAGAUCCGAACUCAUGGGCUCGGACCCGCGGCACAGCAAAGUCAUUGACUAUGGACAUUUUAGUAAAUUUGGCUAUCCUGAGGAGAGCACAGAUGGCUAUGCAAGUGAACACCUACAUAAAGAGUCACCAAUGUAUGGGAGGGAAGUCUCUGGACCCCCCUUUAGUGGUAUGGACAUCACAAAGCGUCCUCAGCCAUGCCAAGCAGCUUCAGGUCCUGCACAAGUUCCAAAGCUUCAGAAACCUCCACCAGUGGAUCCAAGACCCACCAAACCAUUCCCAGCAAGACCAUCUGCUUCCCAGUCUAUUCUGCCAUCUUCCAGUCGACCACCUCCUCAGAUGCCGCCGCCUCAGAUGCCGUCUCUUUUACAGAUGCCACCUCCACAGUUGGUGCCUCAGCUUGGUGUUCUUCCUCUGAUGACCAUCAAUCAUAUGUCCGGGGGUCCAAGCUCUAAAUGGAUCCCGUUCCUUUCACCUCCAAUCAGUGCACCUGCUGCAAAGAGACUUCCGACCCCCACCAUGAUGAAUGAUUACUCAGCAGCUACUCCAAGAAUCUUUCCUCAUACAUGCUCUCUAUGUAACAUUGAAUGUUUCCAGAUUAAGGACUGGAUUGAACAUCAGAACACAAAUCUUCACAUUGAGCGUUGUAGACUUCUUAGGAAACAAUACCCUGACUGGAAUGUUGAGGCUGUCUCAGUUUCAAGACCUGAGCCGAAGUCAGAGCACAGCAGUUCAAAGCGUCGCACACGUUCUCACUCAUACUCCAGAUCCCCCAGCCCGAAGAGGCACCAUGAUUCGUCAAGCCACCGUAAACGGUCACGCUCUCGAUCACGGAGCCCUCGAAGGAACCGCCGCAACAGAAGUCACAGCCGGUCUCGGUCUCCCUAUAGGAGGACUCGAGGCAGCCCUUACAGACGGAGGUCCCGUAGUCCGCCAGCUCAUCAGUCAAGGUCUCCAGGUCACAGUAGUCAUUACAGCAGCAGUAGGCGUUCUCCUGCACGUCGAUCAAGCCCCCGUCGGAGCAGCCCCUCCCAGCAGAGAUCUAGCAGUAGUGAACGACUGGCCAAAAAACUCAUGUCAUCAGCUGAGCUUUCCUCAAUCACAGAUAGUAGUACUUUGAAGGCAGUAGUGGAAUCCUUGGCACCAGCCCUACUUGCUGAAUUAGCCAAGAAGAGAAGCAGCUCCACUGCUUCCUUGUCAAAGGGAAGUAGCAGCAGUUGGAGACGGUCUUCCUCUCCUAAGAGAAGUGAACCCUCCAGGUCAAGCAGAACCUCCACUUCAAAGACUACCAGCUCUUUAAAGGAUGUGAAGCCUAAAAGCAAGGAUGCCCCAGGCACUACCUGUUUACUGAGACUCAUGGGAAUUCCUCAAGGCACUACCAGCAAAGAACUGACUGAUGUCAUUAAACCCUUUGGCAAGAUUUAUACUGCCAUCCUCCUCAAAGCCAUUAAUGAGGCCUCAGUGUGUAUGGAAAGGGAGGAGGAUGCCAAAGCUUUGCUCAACUGUAAGAACCUGACAAUUCAUGGGCAGGUCAUUAAGAUCCUCAUGGAGAAGGAUGCAAGAGAAGAUGACAGAAGAAAAUCUGUGCAGACUGAAAAAACUGUAAAGAACAAAGAGUUGACUACAACAAAGCCGACCCAGUCAGUGAAGGUAAAAGGUACCAACACAGUCAAGGCACCUCUGUCAACUAAAGCAAAAUAUUCGACAAGUGUCAAGACAUCUCUGGUGACCAAGGCACCCCAAAAACCAAGUGACCCCAGAAAGACUGCACAGACAGCUAAAGCUAAACCCCCUGCUAAGGGUUCAGAGAGACCAGUUACCAAGAAGACUGUAAAGGAGGCAAUCCCCUGGAGAAAAAAUAUAGUUGAGAUUUCUGGCCUUCCAGAAGAAGGGGUUACUGAGGAUGAACUCACAAAAUUUGCGAAACCCUAUGGCCUCAUCUCAACUCCUGUCAUAGCAAUCACUCAGCAAAGGGCCUUCCUGCAAAUGCUUAACACAGAGGCAGCUGAAGCUAUGGUGAAGGCCUGCUCUGAAACCCCAACUAAAAUUCAGGAGAAACAGAUAACCGUCAAGAUGAUGAUGCAACCUAUUGACCUGUACUAUGCAGAGUCACUUUUCAGAGUACUGGUGGGCAUGAAGAAGUCUCCUACAUUGCCAGAACGUCUACUCAUUGUUAAAAAUGUGCCAAAAACACUUGAGGCAAUCAAGGAUGUAGAGACCCUGAUCCAGCGCCAUGGUACCUACAAGAAGCAUUUGCCUUUAAAUGGCAGGGUGAUUUUUGAAAUGGAGAGUGCUGUUACUGCUAGGUCUGCCUACAGUCAGCUCCUCAAGAUUCGUUCUAUGGUCCAGAACAAUUUGCUUGCAUUUCAACUAGCCAAACCGAUCAAGAUGAAAAAGAAGCCACAAGCAAAAGGAGCUAAACCUCCUGGUAAGUCAGCAGCUACAGAGGGGAAACCUAAUACCAUCAAAGCUCAAAAGCCAGCAGCUGCAGCAUCUACUGCAUCUACAACUGAUGGUGCUGCUACUUCAGAAGCAACUCCCACUGUUGGCACAGCUAGUGCCCAGGACAACAUGACUGCAGUUCCACCUAUCACUACAGACCAAGUUACCCGGACUGAUGCUGAUAUUGUUAUGACUGAAGAAACAUCUACUCCUGGGAUUAAAGAAAUGGAUACCCACGAUGAUACCCAGACUGAUAAUAAAACUGUGAUAAUGACCCCAGAUACUGACCCUGUGAAAACAGAGCUUGAAGUUGCAUCCUCUGUUCCCAAUGCAGAACCUGCAGUUUCACUCGAGUCUUCAAAAGCAGAGAUUGAAGUUGGAUCCUCCAUUCUUUCUUCAGAAUCUGCAGUUGCAGAUGAGUCUGAGAAGGCAGAGCUUGAAUUGGCAUCGUCGUGUCUCUUAGAAGAACCUGCAGUUUUAGUGGAACCAGUAAAUGUAAAGCAUGAAUUGGCUUCCCCAGUUCCCACCACAGAAUCUGCAGUUUCAAUUGAUACAGCUGAUCAGAAUACGGUUUCACCUGUGGACAAUCAGAAUAUCCCAAAGGAUCAAGAUGUUUCCAAAGAAUUGGUUCUUACAUCUGUGGAAGAUAAUGCAAUUGACAAAGAAAAGUUGGCAAAAGACAGUGAUGUUGAGUUGAAGUCAGAAAUGGAGGUUGUUGCUACAACUGCUAGCAGUGGAGAAACUCCAAUGGAGGCCAUGGAGACUCGGAGUCAGGAAGAACUUACCAAGGGCACUGAUGUUAUUGAGGGUAGUUGUGCACCACAGCAGAAUGAGAACAAAAUGAAUGACCUUAAACCAACUGAACCUUUUGAAACCAAUAAUAACCCUCAACAAAUAGAUGACACUAAAGCAACUGAACCUUUUGAGAGUGAAAUUAACCCUCAACCUAGUGAUCAAAUCCAACCUGGUGAGAAGCUUGUCCAGGCUGACACUAUUUCAAGCUCAGAUCCUGCCUCUGGCCUGCCUUCCACUUCUGAUCAAACUGUCAGUGAAUCAGCUGUCAAAGUUAUACCUGCUUUAAACAAUCCGCAAACUGUGCCUCUGCCCUUUGAUGAUAUGACACUGGACUUUCCUCCAGUUACACAUGAGAUUUUAAAGGCGCUUGAAUUAGCUGUUCAUCAGUGUCGCAUGCAGUCUUCAUUAAAACAUGCUGAACAGGAAGCCAAGCAAAAGGCUGAAGCAGAGAAAAAAGCUGCUGAGAAAACAACCAACAAGGUUCCAUCAAGCUCCAAGAAGCCACCCUCAUCAGAUAAAGUGGAUAAAGCUGCUCAAGUGGUGAAGAAAGCAACCAAAUCUGAGAGCAAAUAUGUGCUGCCUGAGAAAGAGAAAAAGCCUCAGAACUCCAGAACUAGAAGCAGACAGAUGGCCACCUUGUCCCCAGAGAAGGAGGCAGCUUCUAAGCACAGGAGCAGGGGGAAUUCUGAAGAAGAUUCCCCUUCAACAAGGUGUUCCACACCACCGUCAGGGUCAUCCUCCCGGAAGAGCAGGCGUCAAUCUAGCCCCCCAUCAAAAAGAUCAAGGGGGCAUGGUGAUGAUCGCAGGAGUCAUAGUAAAAGCUCACAGCCCUUAAGAAGUCGCUCAAAAAUAAGUACAAUCGAAAAGGUAUGCAUCAACAGAAAUGCUAAAGAGGAAGAGACUAAAUUAUCUGAGGAACCAUUUCCCUUUAACAUUGAUGAGUUUGUGACAGUCGACGAAGUAGGGGAUGAUGCAGAGGAAACUGUGACCUUAAGCUCUGAGUCUUCAGCCAAGGACGAGAAAGUCCAGGAUGAUCCCAAUGCUCUCUCCACCAUCUCUUCUAAUGCAAAGUCUACUCCAGCUAAUAAACCAAAACAAAAGACAAGGUCUAGAUCUACAACUAUCAAGACUAGAUCUUCUGAGACCAAGGACCCUAAAGUUAUUGACACUGCAGAUAAAAUGGAAACCAAGACUGAAGAAACCAUGCCAGUUGCUGAGAUUGUAGAAUCUCAAAAGCAGGAAGAGAACGAGCCUCAGGAAGAGAGCAUGGAUAACCAACUGGAAAAUGUUGCAGUGGAACGUGCUGUUGUUGAGAGUGAGAGUACUGAGCUUUAUACUCAUCUAGGAGCUUCAGCUUCUGCAGAGGAGAACCCCAGUGUUCAGACACGGACCUUUUCUUCCAUGAAAGAAAGCAGUGACAUUGAACCAACCCAGCCUGUUUCUUCCUCCCCUGUCCAGAAGGAAGACUGCCAACCAACUUCUACAAAAAAGUUAGAGAAAUCAGAAACUGGCAAUGCUGAGCAGUCUGAAACUUCUGCUUCAGACAUGGAAGAUAAAGAUAAGGCAGCUGUGAUGUCUGAACUUCCCUCCCAUGAUGCUAUGGUGACUCUUGAUGAGGUCAGUGAGGGUGAGGAGGAUUUUCCUGAAGAAGCAGAUGAGGAACAACAUUCAGUGGCUGAAGAAGGCCCUGAGGCACUUUUGACUGUCGAUGAAGUUGUAGAUGAGGAAACGGGGUGUGAAGAAUACCAGUUGGACAAAGAACUUCAAGGCCUGGUCACACUUGAUGAGAUUGUUGAAGAGGAGGAGGAGCUUGAUUCAUUCAAACCUGAGACUCUUGUAACCCUGGAUGAGACCAAGGGUGAUGAGGAGAUUGAAGAAGUGGAGCAGAGUGAGACCAAGCCUACCAGUCCCAACUUCAAAACACCACCCAGGCCAGAGGAGCCUGCACAAUCACCAAGCCAAGAGGAAGAUGCCUGUGACAUGGAAGAGUUCCGCACAAUGAACUUUGUAACUGUGGAUGAAGUAGGGGAGGAGGAAGAGGAACAGCCACCCAGUGAAGAGGUCAAGGUACAGGAGGCAGUAAAAAAGACAGCUACAAGGGCCAAAAAGAGAGCUCGCCAGACUCCAGUGAGAAGAUCCACAAGGGGUAAAAGAGGGGCUGCAAAAUGUGACAAAGAGCCAGAGGACCCCGAGAUGAGUGCAGAGGGUGAACCAGCAGCAACUGCCUCCAAACCUGAGAGUCCACCUUCAUCUCCAGACACUGUAGAGCUUGAUAAGCCAGACUCCCAAAAGGCUGAAACCAUGAGAGUUCCAGAUUCAUCUAGCGCAGAGGUUGUCUCUUCAGGGUCAGAAGAGAGGACUGGAGUCGAAGUUGAUGACAACUCGGAGUCAGAAAGAGUUGUUGUUGAAAUGCCUGUUGCUGACAAAAAAACAACAAUCAAAGAAGAGUCUAAACAAAGACGAGAGACUGAAACGAAAGAGGCACCCGAAGCCAAGAAAGUCUGUUCUCAUUCCCCUGUGAUUGAAGAUUUCACCUUGCCCCCAUAUAGUCCAGACAACCCCAUUGGGGCUGACUUUGUGGUGCCUAAAACAGGUUUCUUCUGCAGACUUUGCUCUCUAUUCUAUGGAAAUGAGGAAACUGCAAAGAAAAGUCACUGUGGUAGCCUACGGCAUUACCAGAACAUGGAGAAAUAUUAUAAGAAGCUCAAGUCUCAGCAGCAGCGUGGCAAAUCAACACUGACAACGUCCAGUCAAAGUUCUGCAUCCGAGUAGCCUAUCUGAAUUUUUUUUUUUUUUUUUUUUUUUUAUUGUUUAAUGGAUGGGUCCAAUUAUUCAGUUGUAAAGUUUUAUUAAUAUUUCUUGUUUAGAAUAAAAAGCUCUUGCUAAAUAAAGAGAACGUAGAACAUGUA